AUCUUGAAAUUACACACAAUUUGGGUGACCAAAAAGAAAAACAAUUGCGAAGUGUGUGUGUAUGUAGCCAACAAGGCUGCCAAGCCAUCCGACUUCUUCCAAUUUUUUUUCGGUUUUUUGGGGAAAUCAACCAUUUCUUUCCUCCCCAUUCAAUUGGAUUCAAACAAAUUCAAACAUCACACAGAGUACAUACUACACGGGGCAUAUUCUGCUCUGCACACGCAGGAGAGAGAGAGAGAGAAUACGAAGGCUCUGCAUUUCUCGCGUCACCGUAGCUACGUGCCCGGCCCCGUCUUCCCUUUUCCGGUACUUGUUUUGAGGCUUGGUCUGGUUGAGUAGUUAAUGGAGGAAAGCCACGAGCAAGUGGGGGAGCAAAUGGAGGAAAACGGCGAGCAAGUGGAAAAUAUUGGGAGUGCUUCUAGUGGCAGUGAUAGUGAUUCUUUCAUAGAUGACUCAGAAGUUGAUGAAGUACCGAUAUCCGGCGAAGAUGGAAAAUUGCAGCCAGAGGAACCAUUAUCUGAUAAAGAAAUAGAGGAGCUUAUUGCUGAAUUUUUGGAGGUUGAGAGUAAGGCUGCAGAGGCUCAAGAGGCACUUGAGAAAGAGUCUCUUGCCAAGGUGGAGAGUGAAGUAAGAGAGGAGUUGGCACAAACCCUUCAUGGAGAUGAUUUGGAAGCAGCUGUUGCGAAUGAAAUGGAUACUUUGAUAGAAGAGUGGCAAGCCGAGCUUGAUGAACUUGAGACUGAGAGUGCUCAUUUGUUGGAACAACUUGAUGGGGCCGGCAUUGAGCUACCAAGCCUUUAUAAAUGCAUUGAAAGUCAGGCUCCUAAUGGUUGCUGCACUGAAGCUUGGAAAAGACGGAUACACUGGGUAGGAUCUCAAGAGACUGGCGAAUUUACCGAGUCAAGGGCUGAUGCAGAGAAGUAUCUCCAAACCCACAGGCCUGUGAGAAGGCGACAUGGUAAACUAUUGGAGGAUGGCGCUAGUGGAUUUCUGCAGAAAAAACUAGUCGUAGAUGGAAUCAAGGAUGUUGAGACAGCUGAGGUUGAUUACUGGGGUUCUUUUAACAAAUUAUUUUCUGAUGGUGCAACUGCGGGUGGUGCCUCGUUUGGCAGUAAGCACUGGGCUUCUGUUUAUUUGGCCAGUACGCCACAGCAAGCUGCUGAGAUGGGACUCAAGUUCCCUGGGGUUGAUGAGGUAGAGGAGAUUGAUGACAUUGAUGGCAAUUCGGGUGAUCCAUUUGUUGCAGACGCUGUUGCAAACGAAAGAGAACUGGAUCUCACUGAAGAACAAAAGAAAAAUUAUAGGAAGGUCAAAGAAGAAGAUGAUGUAAAUGUUGAUCGGAAGCUUCAAAUUCGUUUGAAACGAAGGAGACAUCGAAAGAGACGUAAACAGUUCGAGAAAAUUGAUGAAGAUCUGGAAAUCGCUAAUAACAUUGACCAAGAAAGCAUAACGAGUAACGGUGCAUCUCCGGUGACUAGUUCCAGUGAAGCAAGAGGCUCCAAGCGUCUGAGUGAGGAUGAGGAGCUAAACAUUGAUAAUAAGAGGAGUCGAACUGUACUAAUAGAUAGUGAUGAUGACACUCCACUGAAAGAUAAUUCAGACUGCAAUGCAAUAAAAUCCGAGGACCAGUCCUAUGUGGAAGAAAAUAUCUGCAUAUCUGCCAGUGGUGGUCUUCCUUCACAGAGUCUGAAUGAUAAGCUCUACUGCACUGCUUGCAGUAAGCAUGCUCUCAAAGUGUGUUCACAUCCACUUCUGAAGGUGAUUGUUUGUGCAGAUUGCAGAUGUUUAUUGGAAGAAAAGAUGCAUGUGAAGGAUCCUGAUUGCACUAAGUGUUACUGUGGGUGGUGUGGACAAAGCAAGGACCUAGUAAAUUGUAACUCUUGCAAGACGUUGGUUUGUACAACUUGUAUAAAGAGGAAUAUUGGAGAGGAAUGCUUAUCUGAUGCCCAGACCUCUGGCUGGCAAUGUUGUUUCUGUUGCCCAAGUCUUCUAAAGACAUUGACGUCACAAUUAGAGCAAGCAAUAGGUUGUGGGGAUUUGAUAGAUUCUAGCUCUGAUAGUGAUUCAGAUAGUUCAGGUUCAGAGAUAGAUGUUACUGUAAGUUCUAAGAGGAGGAGAAAGCAGAAAAUUCGAAGGAUCAUUGAUGACACUGAAUUAGGAGAAGAAACCAGAAGGAAAAUUGCAAUUGAAAAGGAACGUCAAGAGCGCUUGAUGUCUUUGCAAGUACAAUUUUCUGCCAAAUCUAAGAUGAAGAGCUCUGCAACCUGUAAUGGGAGAUUACCCGAAGGCGCCAACACUGAAGUGCUAGGUGAUGCAUCGGUUGGUUAUGUAGUGAAUGUUGUGAGGGAGAAAGGUGAAGAAGCUGUCAGAAUUCCUCCAAGCAUCUCAGCUAAAUUGAAGGCUCAUCAGAUUACGGGUGUGAGAUUUAUGUGGGAGAAUAUCAUACAGUCAGUCAGAAAAGUGAAGGCUGGGGAUAAAGGUCUUGGUUGCAUUCUAGCUCACAUGAUGGGCCUUGGUAAAACUUUUCAGGUCAUAGCUUUUUUGUACACUGCAAUGAGAAGUAUUGAUUUGGGAUUAAAAACCGCACUUAUUGUCACCCCUGUGAACGUGCUGCACAAUUGGCGUCAAGAGUUCAUGAAGUGGAGACCUUCAGAACUAAAGCCUCUUCGCAUCUUCAUGCUAGAAGAUGUGUCAAGGGAUAGAAGAGCAGAGUUGCUUGCAAAGUGGAGAAGGAAGGGUGGUGUUUUUCUAAUUGGCUACUCUGCUUUUAGAAACUUAUCCUUUGGGAAGCAUGUGAAGGAUAGGCAGAUAGCUACAGAAAUUUGUCGUGCCUUACAGGAUGGACCGGAUAUACUUGUUUGUGAUGAGGCCCAUGUUAUUAAGAAUACCAGGGCUGAUGUAACCCAAGCCUUAAAACAAGUGAAAUGCCAGAGAAGGAUAGCAUUAACUGGAUCACCACUUCAGAACAAUCUCAUGGAAUAUUAUUGUAUGGUUGAUUUUGUAAGGGAAGGUUUUCUUGGAAGCAGCCAUGAGUUUCGGAAUCGAUUCCAAAAUCCCAUAGAGUACGGUCAGCAUACUAAUUCAACCGUGGAUGAUGUGAAAAUCAUGAACCAACGGUCUCAUAUUCUUUAUGAACAGUUGAAAGGAUUUGUUCAGAGAAUGGACAUGACUGUUGUGAAGAAGGACUUACCACCAAAAACUGUGUUUGUAAUAGCUGUGAAACUUUCAACCUUACAGAGGAAAUUAUACAAGAGAUUUCUUGAUGUCCAUGGAUUUACCAAGGACAAUGAUUAUAAUGAAAAGAUAGGGAAGAGAAGUUUUUUUGCCGGCUACCAGGCCUUAGCUCAGAUAUGGAACCAUCCGGGGAUUGUGCAACUAAGAAAAGACAACAAAGACUAUGAGAGAAGUGGAGAUGCCGUUGAGAAUUUUCUUGCAGAUGACAGCUCUAGUGACGAAAACAUUGAUUAUAAUUUGGGUUUGGGAGAGAAAAAUGUGAAUGAAAUUUUGCCAGGAAAAAAAGAUGGCAUUUUUCAUAAGAAUUGGUGGAAUGAUCUUCUUCAUGAAAAUAACUAUAAAGAGCUUGAUUACAGUGGCAAAAUGGUACUCCUGCUUGACAUUCUAGCUAUGAGUUCUGAUGUGGGCGAUAAGGCAUUGGUAUUUAGCCAGAGCAUACCAACCCUAGACCUUAUUGAACUUUAUCUUUCAAGGCUACCUCGACAUGGGAAGAAAGGGAAGUCCUGGAAGAAAGGAAAAGAUUGGUACAGGCUAGAUGGGAGAACAGAGGGCUCAGAAAGGCAAAAGCUGGUUGAACGCUUUAAUGAUCCCCUAAAUAAGAGGGUGAAAUGUGUUAUAAUUUCCACCAGAGCUGGAUCAUUAGGGAUAAAUCUAUAUGCUGCUAAUCGCGUAAUAAUAGUUGAUGGUUCUUGGAAUCCAACAUACGAUCUUCAGGCUAUAUAUCGUGCUUGGAGGUAUGGCCAAACAAAGCCAGUGUUCGCUUACAGAUUGAUGGCACAUGGAACUAUGGAAGAAAAAAUUUAUAAGCGUCAGGUAACGAAGGAGGGCCUGGCUGCAAGGGUUGUUGACCGACAACAGGUACAUAGGACAAUAUCUAAGGAAGAGAUGUUGCAUCUUUUUGAAUUUGGUGAUGAUGAGAACCAUGAGCUUGACCAAGAAAACGGACGCAUGAACGACAAUAUGACUGGUGAAGUGGAAAUUUUGCCAAAACACGUAGUUCCUCUUUCUCAAGGAAGUUGCUCUUCUGACAAGCUCAUGGAAAGGUUAAUUGGCAAGCAUUCUCCAAGGUGGAUCGCAAAUUUCCACGAACAUGAGACCCUUUUGCAAGAGAAUGAAGAAGAAAGGCUCACAAAGGAGGAGCAAGACAUGGCCUGGGAAGUAUACCAGAAAUCAUUUGGAUGGGAGGAAGUGCAGAGAAUUCCUCUCAAAGAAUCUGCAAUCGACCAAAAACCAGCUGCAUCAAAUACUGCGUCAUCUGCACCAAAGAAAAGCAUCCUUGCUGAAUCCAAGGCGAAGAAUGCUUUUGUGCAGCGGAAGUGCACUAACCUUUCGCAUUUGCUGACGCUAAGAAGUCAGGGCACAAAACAGGGUUGCACUACUGUGUGUGGGGAAUGUGGCCGCGAGCUAAGCUGGGAGGAGCACAAUCGAGAUAGCAGGCUCAGGUGAACGGGAGUGCCUUCCGAUUUGUUCUCGUCUUUUGUCCGAUGUAAAUGGUCCAAUUGUAUUGCGAUUGCUGUGAGUUCAUUGCCCCCUUGAACACAAUUUGGAAAUUGGAACAUUCUUUUUGUUGUGUGUAUUGAUCAAGUCUUGCAACCGACCCCACUUAGUAGGAUAAGGUUUGGUGGUGGUUGUUGAUCUGAGUGUUGAUUAGUGUCCAAAAUAUGAGGAGCCCUUUCCCCAUGGAUACUUGUUUUUUGGUUUUGGUGGGGGAAGAAAAAGGAUUUUAGUUCUUUUGAUACCAAAGAAAUAGGUUUGUGUAAAUCUGAGGACGAUGAAAUGAGCAAUGAAAAUCUCUUUGUUGCUUUCUAUGAA